CAUUCUCUGGACCGCUGAUCCUACACAGGGUCACGGGGAGCCUGGAGCUUAUGCCAGGGAACUCGGGGCACAAGGCAGGGGACACCCUGGACGUGGUGCCAACCCAUUGCAAGGCACAAUCACACACACUCACACACUACGGACAAUUUGGAAAUGCCAAUCAGCCUACAACUGGGAGACUCGGGGAGGAAACUGGAAAACCCGAAGGAAACCCCUGAAGAAUGGGGAUCUGAGACUACAGUGGGCACAGACUCACCAAAACUGGGCAGGUGAAUUAGAAAAACAUGGCCCAGGCUGAUGAGUCUCUGCUGCAUCAUGCAGAUGGUGGGGUCAGAAUCUGGCAUCAACAGCCUGAAUCCAUAGACCCAACUCGCCUUGUGUUAACAGUUCAGGCAGCUACUGGUGGUGUAACAGUGGUCUAAAGUGUAAUAUAAUUAGCACCCAUCAGGUCCCUUAAUACCAACUGAGCUUCAUUUGAAUGCCACAGCCUAUCUUACCAUACUUCCAGCAUGAUAAUGCGCCAUGUCACAAAGCACAGGGCGACUCAAUCUGGUUCCAUGAACAUGACAAUGAGUUCAGAGUAUUUCAGUGGCUUCCUUAGUCACCAGAUCUGAAUGCAGCAGAGCACCGUUGGGACGUGGUGGCACAGGAAAUGAAAGUGCAGCUGACAAAUCUGCAGCAAUUAUGUGAUACAGUCAUGUCAGCAUGACCCACCACCUUGUGGAAUCCAUGCCACAAAGAACUGAGGCUGUUCUGAGAGCAAAGAGGGUUCCUACCCAGUAUUAGUAUGGUGUUCAUGUAUAUGCUCUUUAAAAGAGAUUCAACUGUUUUUUUCAUGUAAUAAUAAUAAUAAUAAUACUAAUAAUAAUAAUAAUAAACAACUCAGUCUAUUCAGAGCAGCCCCAUGGUAUUACGUUUAUUCAUAAUUUUACUAACUAUGGUCAAUGCAAAUUUCCUUUACUAGUCUACUGUUAUAAACAAAAUAAAAACAAUUAUAUACUCAUAGACUAUUUCGGAUCCAGCUGCUCUUAUCAGCCAUGAUCUGAGUGUUUACUGGCAGGAAGGGUUUGGACCUCUGAGUGCAGUGGUGGGGAACCAGAAAAGCCAAAACUCCACGUUGCUUUGUACAGAUGUACACAUUCUCAUCACUGCUGCUAUAACCGUCUCCUCAACCAAAGGGGUUUUGUGACAGACCAGAGGAUUUUUAUACACCUGGUGAUCAGUAGUGAAGGCACAGGCUGCCGUAAUCAUAUCUGCCAUAAAAGCUACUGUGAGUACUGAAAUUGCUGAAGUGAAGAUCACUUUUGAUAACAUUUCAUCAUCAGAAUGGAGAUUAAAGUAUCUGUUGAUGGAGUCCAGCGCAUUGUUUGUGGUGUAACUGAAAUGACAACGUGUCAAGAAGUAGUCAUCGCUUUAGCCCACGCUCUGGGUCGCACAGGUCGCUACACUCUGAGAGAGAAUUUCAAAGGCUAUGGACGCAACGUGACCCCUGACGAGCAUCUCCUGGAGUCCCUGGGGAAAUAUGGGCAACAGGCCAGGGAGGUCCAGCUCACCCUACACUAUCUAGGGCCCUCUCUAGUGGAUUGGCCAAACAAGCCACGUGUUCAGUUAAGACGAGCUGACGGAGGAGGAAGACUGCGCAGGAGUAGCACAGGAGCCAUCCUCCACCGGCAGAGCCUCCCUCCGCUCUCCCAUCUCCACUCCAAAACUCCCUCUGAAGAACUGAAGAGGCCCAAGAGGAAAUCAUUAACACUGAUGGAGGAAGCAUGGGGUUGGCUGGAGAAUCUGGGUAAGGGAAGGAAGCAGCAAUUAACACGAGAUAAGCGGAAAAAUGAAGAGAAUGAUGGAGGAUAUCAACAACUGGAUAACAUGGGAACCAAGUCAGAUAAACUAGUCCAGGCCUCUAGGGUAUUACAAGGAAGAGACAAAAAUAGAACAGAAAACAAAAAAUGGAAGAAUAGAGAAAAGGAUGAUGAAAUAGAGUUACAUGAAUGUAUAACAGAACAUAAAACGCAGGUUGGGGUUUCAGAACAUGAGGGAGCCUUUGAUACAAUAGAGAACCUGAAAAAAUUAACCAUCCAACAACAGGCUAGCCUGAGAGCACUCAAGCUCAAAAUAGACACCACUGAUGAGCAGAUUUUCAAACUUGAAAUGCAGCAAGCAGAAUCCAUGUCUGAUGAGGAAGAGCAGCUCGAGUUUUGGCUCAAUGAGCUGAAGGCAGAAGAGGGCUACGAGAAAGUCCUGCAGAUGCAGUUCCUGGAUUUGAAGGAGAAAGCCACAGAGUGCAAAAAUAAAUUAGAAAAGUAUAAAGUCAAGCUGCAGAGAAUGAACCUCACAAACAUGAGAGACUCUCAGUGUGAUGAUGACGACGAUAUCUCUGUUAGAAUGGAGUUGGAUCGUUCUUCAGGAUGUCUGGAAUCGGCGACUGAAGAGAAAACAGACACCGAGGUCCCAGAGGGAGACAGUAAGGAGAAGAUGGUAAUCAGUGGAGUGGAAUCAAAACUCCCUUACAUCUUAGUUACUGCAAAUGAGAUAUCAGAAGCCCAGCUAAGUAGCCCCUCAGAGCUCAGGGAAUGGUGGAAUCGAUGGACCGAAGCUCAGAAAUCUACCUCAGGGUCUACACCAAAAGUUGUGCACCGCUCUGAAAUAAUAAUCCACGUCCGAAGCACAAGGGUUUAGAAGAGACAAUAAACCUUAUAUAAAAUCUGUAUCUCUGUAGUAAAGCUGACUGUAAGGCAUUUAAGCACUACAUUAAAGAAACGUGCAACAUGGAAAUCAAACAUGGCUUCAGUUCACAGGAAAUUGUUUUCAUAAAACAUUUAUUUCAAUUGUUUCAUUCAAGACCAUUAACAAAAGUAUAGAGGAGAACCGGUGGCUCAGCAGUAACCCACUGAUCUCCAGGAAAAAAAAAAAAAAAAAAAAAAUCUUAACAGUAAUAUUCUGAUUUUCAGUAAGGAGCACAGCAAAUAGUCUCUACAUUAAAUCCUGAUCUUAUUCUGAAUGGAACCUUUUGUACUGUUUCCCCUUUUUAUUUCACAGGUUAUGCAGACUUAUAUGUUUUUUUUUUGUUUUGUUUUUUUGUUUUGUUUUUUUAAACCUCCCACUAACUAAAUAGCA